AUGUCUCAAUCCAAACCGCUCCUCAUCCCUUGGUUGCGGGAACAGAUAAAUAGUGGCCAGUACCCAGGGGUUACCUGGACCAAUCAGGAGCGAACAGAGUUCUGCAUUCCAUGGAAACAUGCUUUGAGGCAGGAUUCCUGCAGCGAUGAUGUACUUAUUUUCAAGGUAAAGUCAAUAUCUCACUCUUCACUUAAAAAAUAAAUAAUAACAGUGUUACUCACCAUUUACUGCUCCCAAUGCUUAAAGGAAAGUUUAUUGUUUCAUUAGCCCAUUGUUUAUAGUCCCAAAAUGUGUUGCAUGUUAGCAAUCAAGUUUUCAAGAUAUAUAACUUUCAAAAUACAGAAAUACAGCUGGUAUGAUACAGCCCCCACUUCUCCUCCUUAGGGGUGGGCUGAGGUUAGCAAUGGCAGGGCUCAAGGCGACCCCUCCAUCUGGAAGAGAAACUUCCGUGCUGCCCUCCGAGCCAAGGGGUUCAAAAUGCUCUUUGACAACAAAAAUGAUGCAGCCAACCCCCACAAACUGUUCCAGUGGCCAGAUGAGGCACCCACGGGAGGUAAAGCACCAACCAAAAAAACAAAGGGAAAACAACAAUUCAAUGCUUGAAUUAUUAUUAAAACAAUGACAUAUGGAUGUGACAUAGGAGUGAAAUUUGAGCAAAUACAACACGUUCUCUUUAAUUUACAGUAAUUGGCCAAGAGGUAAACAUUUAGUGAAAGUUGCAACAAUAUUACAGUAUAUCUAAAUGAGAUGAAAUUACACUCAAUCUUUUAGUUUUCUCUCUCUUCAACCUUGUCCAUCUCUAAAGGAUCUCAGGACCCGGAACCUGAUCUGUAUCAAGAUCCCAGUCCAUUACAAAAAGUGAGUGUGCUUAUAAGAAUUCUCACUUCUUGUGAAUGAAAUGCAGUGCCUGUACUGUAAAAUCUUUUCUUCUUUUUCCCCACCUCUGCUCUUUUAGAGUCAUGGUCUACCAUCUUUUGAUGACCUUUACUGUACAGCAGAAGAAACUGUAUACACAGGUAAUGCAGAUAAAAGUUUAACGUGACAAUUUAAUGACAAGCUUUCAGGAAAUGUAUGAUGUUUAAUGCAAUCUAAAAGUCUGGAGAAGUAGGGUAAUUUUACAUUUAUGAAAUGUACUAUGUCUCUUUUGUUAUCUCAUGUUAUGUCUUCACUCAUAAUCUUUCCCACAACUACUCACCAGCGGAGGGGAUCUCCACCACUUUCAACCAGGAUAUACUUCAGGAAUGUCUGCAAGGGUUGAACAUUGAACAAACAGGUAGGAACCAACCAUUCCAAUGUGGUACUCUAGACCAGGGGCCUCCAACAGGUCAAUCGCGAGCUACCAGUAGUUAUGGAAAAUAUAUUUCACAGCAGUUUCGAUGGUUCAAUGAUUCUAUACAUUAUACUUGCUUGUUUUGUCACUUAAACUGAAAUUAGGUGAACUAUUAGAAUUUUAGUAACCAGGAAAUAACGGAGUGAUUUCAGCAUAGUGCAUCUUUAAGCCUUUUUCUGGACUAGAAAGCACUAGGCUUAAUCUGUGUCCGGGAAACCGGCCCAUAAUAAUUAUCAUAAUAUAGGCUAUUAUCCAAGUCUUUCUCUUCACUCUUCCAACCUCUUCUGCAGAGGCUGUUCAGGGUUAUGAACUCCCCGUCAAGCAACAGCAAUAUCAAAUGGAGGGCGCGAUUGGAGGGCAUGUUUUGCCUGGGCAACAGCUGUAUCCGGUUGUAAUGGAGGAUGCUGUGGGAGGAGCCAUGUUGCCCGAGCAACCAGUGUAUCCAAUGGAUGGAGUCGUUGGUGGUGCCCAUGAACAGCAGGUGGUGGAGCAGUUCACAAAUACAUUGUCCAGAACCAUGGUGGGCGAAAAUUUUAGUAAGUUAUGGAUAUUAUUUGAUUACUACUUGUGGUUGUUAGAAUUGAAGAGAAGUUAAUGCCAAUUGGCUUCUCUUCACACAGUAGUUGGUGUCUAUAUCUUAGAAAAAGGUACAGUGGGGAGAACAAGUAUUUGAUACACUGCCGAUUUUGCAGGUUUUCCUACUUACAAAGCAUGUAGAGGUCUGUAAUUUUUAUCAUAGGUACAGUUCAACUGUGAGAGACGGAAUUUAAAACAAAAAUCCAGAAAAUCACAUUGUAUGAUUUGUAGGUAAUUAAUUAGCAUUUUAUUGCAUGACAUAAGUAUUUGAUACAUCAGAAAGCAGAACUUAAUAUUUGGUACAGAAACCUUUGUUUGCAAUUACAGAGAUCAUACGUUUCCUGUAGGUCUUGACCAGGUUUGCACACACUGCAGCAGGGAUUUUGGCCCACUCCUCCAUACAGACCUUCUCCAGAUCCUUCAGGUUUCGGGGCUGUCGCUGGGCAAUACGGACUUUCAGCUCCCUCCAAAGAUUUUCUAUUGGGUUCAGGUCUGGAGACUGGCUAGGCCACUCCAGGACCUUGAGAUGCUUCUUACGGAGCCACUCCUUAGUUGCCCUGGCUGUGUGUUUCGGGUCGUUGUCAUGCUGGAAGACCCAGCCACGACCCAUCUUCAAUGCUCUUACUGAGGGAAGGAGGUUGUUGGCCAAGAUCUCGCGAUACAUGGCCCCAUCCAUCCUCUCCUCAAUACGGUGCAGUGUCCUGUCCCCUUUGCAGAUAAGCAUCCACAAAGAAUGAUGUUUCCACCUCCAUGCUUCACGGUUGGGAUGGUGUUCUUGGGGUUGUACUCAUCCUUCUUCUUCCUCCAAACACGGCGAGUGGAGUUUAGACCAAAAAGCUCUAUUUUUGUCUCAUCAGACCACAUUACCUUCUCCCAUUCCUCCUCUGGAUCAUCCAGACGGUCAUUAGCAAACUUCAGACGGGCCUGGACAUGCGCUGGCUUGAGCAGGGGGACCUUGCGUGCGCUGCAGGAUUUUAAUCCAUGACGGCGUAGUGUGUUACUAAUGGUUUUCUUUGAGACUGUGGUCCCAGCUCUCUUCAGGUCAUUGACCAGGUCCUGCCGUGUAGUUCUGGGCUGAUCCCUCACCUUCCUCAUGAUCAUUGAUGCCCCACGAGGUGAGAUCUUGCAUGGAGCCCCAGACCGAGGGUGAUUAACCGUCAUCUUGAACUUCUUCAAUUUUCUAAUAAUUGCGCCAACAGUUGUUGCCUUCUCACCACGCUGCUUGCCUAUUGUCCUGUAGCCCAUCCCAGCCUUGUGCAGGUCUACAAUUUUAUCCCUGAUGUCCUUACACAGCUCUCUGGUCUUAGCCAUUGUGGAGAGGUUGGAGUCUGUUUGAUUGAGUGUGUGGACAGGUGUCUUUUAUACAGGUAACGAGUUCAAACAGGUGCAGUUAAUACAGGUAAUUAGUGGAGAACAGGAGGGCUUCUUAAAGAAAAACUAAAAGGUCUGUGAGAGCCGGAAUUCUUACUGGUUGGUAGGUGAUCAAAUACUUAUGUCAUGCAAUAAAAUGCAAAUUAAUUACUUAAAAAUCAUACAAUGUGAUUUUCUGGAUUUUAGUUUUAGAUUCCGUCGCUCACAGUUGAAGUGUACCUAUGAUAAAAAUUAUAGACCUCUACAUGCUUUGUAAGUAGGAAAACCUGCAAAAUCGUCAGUGUAUCAAAUACUUGUUCUCCCCACUGUAUAUAAUUUGAAAUUGUAAUAUGUGGGCUUGCCAAUGUUAAUAGUUUCAAUGCUUAUAGGGGUGCUCAAGAUUGUGUUCAGCAGGCAUUGUAACCAAACGUUUUUGCAACAGAAAACACAAUCUGUGUUCUACAUGAACAAGUUGAACCUCCUUGUUCCCUCCAUUUCAAAAUGUUUUUUCUCUACUGAAAACAACCCUGGUUUAUAAUGGGAGUGCCACUCCCGUGGGCUUACCCAUAGUUUCAGUGCUGUAUCUAGACACUAUAUGGUCAUGCACAGAACACUGUAUCUUUCCCCAGGUUUAGUUGUUCCUCCUCUCAUCUUGACAACAAUCUAUUAUUUUCCUUUCUUCCCCUAGAGACCCAUUUCAGGGUGUCUGUGUACUACCGGGGAGUGAAGAUGCCUGAGCAGCUGGUUGAGAAUGAGGCAGGGUUCAGAUUAGUCUACAGGUAAAAUGGCAUAUAGCACAGCUAGGCUACAUGUUUGUCAUUUUUUUGUCUAUUGUGUUUUUGAUUAUGAACCCAGGACGAUUAGCCCUGAUGGACUAAUAGGUAUCUCUGUCUCUACUAGACCUGAACUCACACAACCGCUUCUGGACCCAGACUCUGGCCUGAAUCUGGUCUCUCUGCCCAGUCCACCACCUGUCCGGGAUGAAACCCAGGCCAAACUGACCCAAGAUAUCCUGACUCUCCUGGGAGAGGGCCUGGAGGUGGGAGCCUCAGGGUCCAUCAUCUACGGACUCCGUAAGGGUGGAACUAAGGCCUUCUGGAGCUUUGACAAGUUUGACAAGAGCAGGAGGCCCCAGGCAGUGUCCAAAUUCCCGGCGCCACUAUAUCAGGCCAAGGACUUCUAUGGAGGUGAAAGAGGAUAAUAUACACUACCAGUCAAAAGUUUGGACACACCUACUCAUUCAAGGGUUUUUCUUAAUUUUUACAAUUUUCUGCAUUUUAGAAUAAUAGUGAAGACAUAAAAACUAUGAAAAAUACACAAAUAGAAUCAUGUAUUAAUCAAAAAAGUGUUAAACAAAUCAAAAUAUAUUUUAUAUUUGAGAUUCUUUAAAAUAGCCACCCUUUGCCUUGAUGACAGCUUUGCACACUCUUGGCAUUCUCUUAACCAGCUUCAUGAGGUGGUCACCUGGAAUGCAUUUCAAUUAACAGGUGUGCCUUCUUAAAAGUAAAUUUGUGGAAUUUCUUUAUUUCUUAAUGCGUUUGAGCCAAUCAGUUGUAGGGGUGGUAUACAGAAGAUAGCCCUAUUUGGUAAAAGACCAAGUCCAUAUUAUGGCAAGAACAGCUCAAAUAAGAAAAGACAAACGACAAUCCAUCAUUACUUUAAGACAUGAAGGUCAGUUAAUCCUUCUGCGAUUCAUUUAUAAUUCAAGGCACACUUAACUAGCAUGGCUACCACAGCAUUCUGCAGCGAUACGCCAUCCCAUCUGGUUUGGGCUUAGUGGGACUAUCAUUUGUUUUUCAACAGGACAAUGACCCAACACACCUCCAGACUGUGUAAGGGAUAUUUUACCAAGAAGGAGAGUGAUGGAGUGCUGCAUCAGAUGACCUGGCCUCCAUAAUCCCCCGACCUCAACCCAAUUGAGAUGGUUUGGGAUGAGUCGGAUGGCAGAGUGAAGGAAAAGCAGCCAACAAGUGCUCAGCAUAUGUGGGAACUCCUUCAAGACUGUUGGAAAAGCAUUCCAGGUGAAGCUGGUUGAGAGAAUGCCAAGAGUUUGCAAAGCUGUCAUCAAGGCAAAGGGUGGCUAUUUGAAGAAUCUCAAAUAUAAAAUAUAUUUUGAUUUGUUUAACACUUUUUUUUUGGUUACUACAUGAUUCCAUGUGUGUAUUUUUCAUAAUUUUUAUGUCUUCACUAUUAUUCUACAAUGUAGAAAAUAGUAAAAAAUAAAGAAAAACCCUUGAAUGAAUAGGUGUGUCCAAACCUUUGACUGGUACUGAAAACUGAGACAGAUUAAUUUUUUUAGAAACUUCUUAAAGGGGAAGUUCAGUAUUUAUUUAUUGUAAGAUGGUUCCUCAACCUGAAAGUAGUCUAUGGGCCAGGAGAAACUGUAGUCCAUGUUUCAGCUUCACCCAGUACAAACUUCAGCUAACUUUAGCCACCGCUAGCUAAAGAUCAAUGGGAGUGAUAGGAGCGACCUUGCAAUUUUCAAAACGGAUUGGCUGUGUGACCAGAUUAUCUGGACACCUCUUCCCGAUAGCUAAACAGCCGUCCGUACCUUCUGCGCAUAUGCUACUUCACACACUAUUUUUCUACAUAGCUCCCCUGCUCCCUCUGCUGCUGCUUUUGGCUCUCUUCCUGUUCUCAUCCUGUUCUUUGUCUGUUGUAACUAUAAAUGACAUGAUCGCAUUUUUCUCAGAUGCGGCCAAAACUCAACAGCGCACACCACUAGGCAAAAUAUGUGCUUUGUUUGAAACAAAACACAGGUAUGCAACAGUUUGUUAACACCAUCUGCUAAAAGAAAUCGGUCACGAAACAACACUGUACAUAAUUCAAGAAGAUCUAAAUAUAUAUUGCCAUGAAACUGAUUGAGAUUAUAUGGUUGCCAUGCAGAUGCUACAUGGACAUUUCACUGGUAAAACGUAAAGAAUUAUAAUUCACGAUUGACAGUAAUAAAGGGGAAGGGGGAGCAGCGGCUACGUAAUUUUUGUUUGCCUAAAGUAACUCAUGCGCAGAAAGUGAUACGGUUGUUUAGCUCUGGAAAAUAGUCGUCCCCCCAGGGUGGAAAACCUUUAACGGUUGCCCAUAUCCAUCGAUUUUUAGCUAGCAGUUGCUUAAGAUAGCUGAAGUUUUUAGUGAAGAAAACCUAACCACGGAUUAAGCCCAAAUCACACGGGUAGUGUAUUUUUUUUUUUAUAUGCGUGUGAACGAGUGUGUUUACACUGGAAAUAGAAUGGAUGGGAGUGAAUAAGAGAAAACAGACAGGCCGUGGGCAUCAACUGCGUCACGAGCUGAAUUGUGUUUCGGAAUUAUAUAUCACAUUGUCAAUAUCAUUCCUUGUCGGUAUCACUGUUGCUUACAGCCAAUUUGAUUCAUACAGUUCAAAGUGCAUGGUUAUUGAGUGCCUUGGUUCAAAUGAAUCAAAUUUGGUCUAGAGAUUGUGUGGGUCGUUUGUAGAAAGGGAAUUCAAGGAAUUGUUAUGAUCUUCCCUACUUAGCUAAGUAAAAUUGUAUGGUUAAAAAUAUAUUGGGCUGUAGGCUAUGGUUUAGGCCUAUCUGACAAAUAGGCUACCUAUUUGAAAACAAUGCAGCAGCCUACCUGUGUUAAAUUUGAUGGGGAUAUAGCCUAGACUACGGCUGGGAAACUUGAGGAAUGAGGUAACUCCGAUUUCAAGAGAGAGUACAACUUUUUAGAAUUACUUUUCAUGACAACGCAGGUGUACACUACGCUGUGUAUGUGAAUUAAUGCUUGCGACUCUCUCACGCGCAAAUUCACGCCAUCGACGGACGUCCCCCGUGUGAUUUUGGCUUUACAGUUUCUCCUCGCCCAUAGACGACUUUCAGGGUUAGGAAACAUCUAACAUUAAGUUGUAAAAUACUGAACUUGAGAGUGAGUGAGUGAGUGACUCAGUCUUUCAGGUAGAUGUGUAGUUCUCUGGCACUGACCUUCAAAUCCCUUCACCCUCUUCCCUUCUUUCUCCAGGGCUGUUGAAGUUCAUGAACAGUCAUGAAGGAGAAUGUCCCCCCUUCUCUCUAUUCUUCUGUCUGGGAGAGAAGUGGCCAGACCCGGACAACAGACCCUGGGAGAAGAAACUGGUCAUGGUCGAGGUGAGACACACACACACAGUCAUCAGCAGGCCUCGUGAACUUGGCAUAAUUUUGUUUAAUAAUGCAUAAUUUCUGUUAUCUUGCCAUCCUCCUCCGCUCGAGGACCACCUACGCUUGUUAGUAACCUACGAUGUGCACUAUUAGCAGUUGUGACAAACGGAGCGGUUUCUGUUUUCUUCCUCCGGAAUCUGCUCUACGGUUGGGGCUAUUUAGCUAUUAUGACCCUAUUCCUGAAAGUUGAAACUCUCAGGAACAUGUACAUGUCUGCUAUUUCUCUAUACGACGUUCCCAAGCCGUGCAGAACACAUUAGAAGGGACUGACAAAACCUUUUCUACACACACAAUUAUUACCUGAUGAUCAUCCCUGAUGUUUUCCCGAACUUUCCAAUACCUUUCUGAUGCAUUUCACUCACCUUUUGAUGAAAAUAUAAAUUGUUACACCUUUAACAUAUUCAAGUCAUUUGACAUAUUUUCUUAUUAGCCUUAUAAACAUAGAAACCUGGUUGCAGUUUGUAUCUGUGCUAGAAUGGUUAAAAAGGCCAAAAAUAUAUCGGUAUUGGUCGACAUCGCAAAUAAAGCUAAACGGAUAUACACUACAUGACCAAAAGUAUGUGGACACCUGCUCGUCGAACAUCUCAUUCCAAAAUCAUGGGCAUUAAUAGGGAGUUGGUCCCCCCUUUGCUGCUAUAACAGCAUCCACUCUUCUGAAAAGACUUUCCACUAGAUGUUGGAACAUUGCUGCUGGGACUUGCUUCCAUUCACCCAAAAGAGCAUUAGUGAGAUCGGGUACUGAUGUUGGGCGAUUAGGUCUGGCUCAUGGUUGGUGUUGGCCAGUCAAGUUCUUCCACAACGAUCUCGACAAACCAUUUCUGUAUGGACCUCGUUUUGUGCACAGGGGCAUUGUCAUGCUGAAACAGGAAAGGGCCUUCCCCAAACUGUUGCCACAAAUUUGGAAGCACAGAAUCAUCUAGAAUGUCAUUGAAUGCUGUAGCGUUAAGAUUUCCCUUCACUGGAACUGAAGGGCCUAGCCCGAACCAUGAAAAACAGCCCCAGACCAUUAUUCCUCCUCCACAUUAUUCCUCCUCCACCAAACUUUACAGUUGGCACUAUGCAUUCGGGCAGGUUGUGUUCUCCUUGCAUCCGCCAAACCCAGAUUUGUCAGUCAGACUGCCAGAUGGUGAAGUGUAAUUCAUCACUCCAGAGAACGCAUUUCCACUGCUCCGGAGUCCAAUGGCGGCGAGCUUUGCACCACUACAGCCGACGCUUGGCAUUGCGCAUGGUAUCUUACGCUUGUGUGCGGCUGCUCGGUUAUGGAAACCCAUUUCAUGAAGCUCUCCCGACAAACAGUUAUUGUGCUGACGUUGCUUCCAGAGGCAGUUUAGAACUCGGUAGUGAGUGUUGUAACCGAGGACAGACUAUUUUUACGCGCUUCAGCACUCGGCUGUCCCAUACUGUGAGUCCGCCCCUGCACACACUUCUGUUUUGUUUUCUCUGCAUGUGUUUUAACUCAUGCGCUUUCUCUCUGUCAGGUGGUGUUAACCGCUCUGGAGCUACUGAAGUCAAUGGCGGUGGAAGGUGGUGCCUCCUCUCUGCAGUCUGUGGAACUGCAGCUGUCCUUGCAGGAGUCCCUGCAGGAGAUGAUGGACUUGUGCUAA